AUGGAGGCCAUGGUCCCCCAACACCAUCUGUUGGAGUAUGGAGGCCAUAGUCACCCAGCACCAACUGAUCCCUCCUUCUCCCUCCUCCUCCACGACAAGCUCCAGGUGCCCAACAGCUCGCGGCGGGCGUGGAACGAGCGUGACAGUCGCUGUGACGUGUGUUCCACUCAUCUGACCCAGCUGAAACAGGAAGCAGUCCACAUGGUGCUGACCUUGGACCAGUGGGACCUGUCCCCCAGCUCGCCCCCCACCCUGCCCAGCCGCAGUGGCCUUCCCCAGGGCCCCACAGCACCACGGGACUGGGCCUACCUUCCAGCCCCCUCAUCGCUAGCUCCAUCCUCUGUGCACCAGGGAGGAUACCCCCGCUAUGGGUCCAAGCCCAGCUCCCUAGGGGUCGGCUUGGGGGUUGAGAGGAGAAACGGCUCUCCGGCACACAGCAGUAAAGCCAGCGGUGUUCAGCCGGCCCAGCCGCCCCAAAGCCCCAGUAAUAACGGUUCUGGUAGCGGAGGGUUACUGAGCACGGCAGCCCUGCAGGCUCACCAGUACAUGUCUCGCAGCAAUGGAGGAGGAGUCACACUCUACCCCUACCAGAUCUCCCAGAUGAUAUCAGAGGGGUGUAGAGAGGGUCUGACGGAGGAGGCUCUGAAUCUCUACAAUGCUGAUCUCCCCGCCCCCUCACCCUCCCAGGUCCCUCCCACUUUGCAGGUUACCACGGCAACCCCAACCACCACCUCUGCCGCUGCAUCCUUCUUCGCCAGAGCUGCCCAGAAGUUGAACCUGUCUUCCAAGAAGAAGAAGCAGCGCCCAGCGCCCCCCCCAGUGGUGUGUGACCCCCCUCUGUUCCCCACCAACUUCAGUGGGACCCUGCAGACCACCCCUCCCCCUGCCCCCCCCUGCCUGCUACGUGCCGCCAGCAAGAUCAAAGACACCCCCGGACUGGGCAAGGUGAAGGUGAUGGUUCGUGUGUGUCCUGUGAUUUCCUCAGACGCAGCAGGGUCCAGCUCCUUCCUCAAAGUGGACACCAGGAAGAAGCAAGUGACCAUCAUGGAGCCCUCAGCCAACCAGACGCAAGGGAACACCCCCCAGAAACGAGGAGGAGCCAAUCAGGUCCCGCCUAAGAUGUUUGCCUUUGACGCUGCUUUCCCCCAUGAUGCAUCACAGGCGGAGGUAUGUGCUGGGACUGUAGCUGAGGUAAUUCAGUCUGUGGUGAAUGGAGCCGACGGCUGCGUCUUCUGUUUUGGUCACUCUAAACUGGGUAAAUCCUACACCAUGAUAGGUGGUGACGAGUCCAUGCAGACUCUGGGGAUCAUCCCCUGUGCCAUCUCCUGGCUCUUCAAACUCAUCAACGAGAGGAAGGAGAAGACAGGAGCACGUUUCUCUGUCCGAGUCUCCGCCGUAGAGGUGUGGGGUAAAGAGGAGAACCUGAAGGACUUGCUAUCUGAAGUGGCUACAGGCAGUUUGCAGGACAGCCAGUCCCCUGGAGUCUACCUCUGCGAGGACCCCAUCUGUGGCAUGCAGCUCCAGAACCAGAGUGAGCUGCGAGCCCCCACGCCAGAGAAAGCAGCCUUCUUCCUGGAUGCAGCCAUAGCAGCUCGCUAUAGCAGCAGAGAUCACGCCGAUCCGGAGGAACAUCUUAACUCACACAUGCUGUUCACACUGCACAUCUACCAGUACCGCAUGGAGAAGACUGGCAAGGGAGGGAUGUCAGGAGGUCGCAGUAGGCUCCACCUGAUAGACCUGGGCAGCUGUGUGAAGGUGCUAGGAGGAGGGAAGGGCAGAGACAGCAGCGGUAGUAGCAGCACCACAGCAGCAGGGCUGUGUCUGUCUCUCUCUGCGCUGGGGAACGUCAUCCUGGCUCUGGUCAACGGCAGCAAACACAUCCCUUACAAGGACAGUAAGCUGUCCAUGCUACUGAGAGAGUCGCUGGGCAACAUGAACUGCCGGACUACCAUGAUCGCUCACAUCUCCUCGUCGCCUAGCAACUUCUCUGACACGCUCUCCACGAUCCAGAUCGCCUCGCGCCUCCUCCGCAUGAAGAAGAAGAAGACCAAACAAUACACGUCCAGUUCGUCAGGGGGUGAGAGUUCGUGUGAGGAGGGGCGUAUGCGUCGCCCCACUCACCUGAGACCGUUCCACUCCCGUAGCUCUGCAGACUCAGACCUGCCUCUGCUGCACCUCUCCAGCGACCCAGACAACUACUCCAGCAGCGAGCAGUCCUGUGACACUGUCAUCUAUGUGGGUCCCAAUGGGGGUGCCAUCUCGGACCGUGAGCUGACCGACAAUGAGGGACCGCCAGAGUUCGUCCCCAUCGUCCCUGUUUUGCUGAAGAGCAAAGCCGAGUCUGGCCCCCUGGGUCAUCCCCUGCCCCCCGUGCCAGAGGAAGGGGCGGAGUGCCUGAAGUGCAACACCUUCGCUGAGCUGCAGGAGCGUCUGGAGUGUAUCGACGGGAGCGAGGAGGUGACAAAGCUCCCCUUCGAGGAGGUGCCGGCUAACAGGGGGGCUAAGCCCGACACCCUGGUUCCCCCAGGAUCUGAGACGGAGCGUAAAGAAGGGGGGGUGGAGAAAGUAGAGCCCCUCAGGAGGAUGUCCAACGACCAGCAGCUCCAGGAGAUCAGGGAGGUGGUGGAGGAGGCAGAACUGGCCCAGACCAUGAUAGAGAGUCUGAGCCUGACCGGCAGCUGCAGUGUGACGGGUAGCAGUGGAGCAGGACAUACCAACACCAACCCUCUACAGAGGGCCAAGAGUGCCAGCCUCCAUGACAGUCGUGAGUCUCUGAGCGCGGGCAGUAGCAGUGAUGGUAAGCCCCGCCCCCUGGGCUCUCCUCGGCUGGGCAUCGCAUCUCUUACCAAGACCUCUGACUACAGACCUCCCUCCUCACCCUCACAGCGCUGCAAGGUCUACACCCAGAAGGGUGUGAUGCCGGGAACGCCCCCCUUGUCCUGCCAGAGUCUGUCUACUGCAGACAGCCUGGCUGCAGACAGUGUGAGGUCCUCUACAGAGUCCCUGCUGCAGCCGGUGUCCCUGUCCAGAACCUCCCCCGCGGGGAUGAGUCCCUGGGUCCUCAAACGAACCAACUCCUCGUCUGCUAGCCUGGGGUCGGCUGACACGCUGUGUGAUGAGAAUGUUCCUCAGAUUCCUCUGGAUGGACGCAGGGAUACCCCAGCUCCAGCCCCCAACCACUCCUCCAUCCCAGCCGACCCUAGCUCUCUGGAGGAAGACGAGCUGGUGUUCACCCUGGGGUGUAAGGAGGGGCUGGAGGUCCGGGGCCUGCUGGAGAGUGGCGGCCGUCCCACCAGCAUCAUUAGCUUCAGCAGCGACUGUUCCGUCACUGCCCUGGACUCGGGGUCCCGCCCUAUCUCCAUCAACAGCAGCAUCAGCGAGGACCUGGAGCGCUAUGGAAUCAACACUACUGUCGUUGCUACGACCACCAGGGUGAUCCCCAUAACAACCGCCUCCGUCGCCGGAGUGAUCGCCAUGGCGGAGGUCAGCAUGGCAAAGCUUCAUGUGGAAGGAGAGGCGAUGGCGGCGGUGCCUAGCCGACGGUCAUCCAUCUCAUCAUGGCUAAGUGACCUGAGUGUUGUUAGCGACGGAGAUCAAUCUCUGCACAGCUUCAGCCAGUCCCAUGGACACGGGGAGGCUCUGGCCGAACCAGACCCCACACAGGUCCCUCUCUGUGGGGCAAAGGAGCAGGACGAGGCGUCCCUGGGUUAUGGACGAAGGAAGACUCCUGAGAGUGAAGUAGCAUUGUCUGGAGAUGUAAAAGGGAAAGAGACUAAAGAGAGGCUGAAGAGACUGCCCCCCUCCCUGGGUAAGACCACCAUCUCCCUCUCUGACAUGCAGACCCUGGGGGUCUCCAGCAACUUCCUCCCCUUCAAGACCAACAUUACAGUCCACCCCUGUGUGGCCGUCAAACCCAUGGUCAUACUCUCCUCCCUUACCAGGACUCACCUGCUGCCCAAGGACCCAGCCAAGACUGCCCCAGCCCUGGUCCUGGCCUCCAUGUCCAGCGAGCUCAGCUUCGAUGACCCCUGGAUGAAGAGAGACGGGGUGGACGUGAGGCCCAAGGAGCUGGUGUGUGAGGUGAAGCCAGAGAAGUGGGUGGUGGAUCCACCAGUCAAGACAGACCCAGCUAAGAGCAGCCAGGCCUGGCCCCAGGGCGAUAGGGCCAGUAGGGUGGACAGUGGCUAUGGAGGGGACCGUCACAGCUCCAGCAGCGGGGAGGCCAUCUCCUCUCCAGACUCCUGUAAGAGGGUAGUGGACAGCUCUGAGAUGGUGCUGGUCAGUUCUGGGCAGUGUCUGGUGACUCCUGUCUACUCUGCCGACAUCCUGCGCACCGCCAGUCUGCCCCGUGGCUGGCACCGGCUCAACCGCCACGACGGCCUAUAUGAGGACCCACUAAGCUACGACGCUAACGGAGGAGGGGGGGAGUACCGAGGCCUGGGGGUCACCUCCUCCACCCCCUGUAGUCCCAGGGCGACCCUGGACCGAAGGGGGUAUGCCGGUAAACAUGGCCUGUUUUCCCGCCAGAAAGGUAUCCCACCGCUGCCACCAGUACGCAAGUCCAGUCUGGACCAGAAGAACAGGGCAGGAGGCCCCCUCAGCCCCAUGCACGCAGCCAGCCAUGGCCUCUCCUUCUUGAGGAGUACCCCGGAGGACCUGGGCGUGCUUGGUGGAGGGAAACAGAAGGGGUGUAAUGUGGAGAGCAGCAGGUUAUUCAGUGCUAAACUAGAGCAACUGGCUAACAGAACCAACUCUCUGGGUCGGUCCCAUGGAGAUCACAGCUCUCAUGGCCCCCACUACGACUGCCUCUCUUUGGAGAGGGGGGAGGCCCUCAGCUCCUUGGGCUGGAAGGUGGCAGCCGGAGGGGGGAGGGGGGACUGCACCAUGCCCCGUACCGGACGCAGCCUCACCCGUGGCGGCUCAUUGUCAUCCUCCUCCCCUAAAGGAAACGGUUCCGGUAACAGCCCUGGCAGCGCUCCCCAGUCACCCAAGUCGAGCCAGUCCAAGAUCUCAGCGGUCAGCAAGCUCCUGAUGGCCAGCCCUAAGGCCCGGAGCCUGUCGGCCUCCAGCACCAAGACACUCAGCUUCUCCACCAAGUCUCUGCCCCAGUCUGUCAACCGCAGCUCCAGUCUGCCUCCCAACGGCAACUCUGGCUCCUGGUCCACCCAGUCUCUGAGUCGCAACCGAGGGGGAGGCCUGGCCGCCAAGCUGCCUCUGAGAGCCGUCAACGGACGCAUCUCCGAGCUGCUCCAGGGCAGCGGAGGCUCUCGAUCCGCUGGUCACAACCGAGGAGGAAGCUCCGAGGCUGGGGAGGAGAGGGGCGCUGGAGGGGGUGGAGGUGGUGUCGGGGCACAGGGAGAGGAGAGACCCUUGGUAGUCCACACCCUCCCGUCUCCCUACAGUAAGAUCACAGCGCCCAGGCGGCCGCAUCGCUGCAGCAGCGGUCAUGCCAGUGACAACAGCAGUGUUCUGAGUGGAGAGCUGCCCCCGGCCAUGGGGAAGACAGCCCUAUUCUACCACAGUGGGGGCAGCAGUGGCUAUGAGAGCAUGUUGAGGGACAGCGAGGCCACAGGAAGCACCUCCUCUGCCCAGGACUCUCUGAGCGAACACAGCUCAGCCACCAGCAGCAGCCGCCGCAGCCUCAAGAACAACAAGAAGAAGAACAACAGCACAGGUACCCAGCGUCGUCGUCUGAUUCCCAGCCUGACCCCAGACUCGUCCUCUCCGGUCAGGAAGCCUGCCAUCAGCCCAGGUGUACGCUGGGUAGACGGGCCGCUACGCCCUGCCCCCAGGGGAACCACAGAACCCUUCGAAAUAAAGGUCUACGAGAUAGACGACGUGGAGCGCAUGCAGAGGAGAGAGAAAGGCAACAAGGAGGUGGUUUAUUUCAGUGCUAAGCUGAAGAUCUUGGAAAACAGGCAGCAGCGGAUAUCCGAGGUCCGAGCCAAGUACGACUGGCUGAAGAAAGAGCUGGAACAGACCAAGCAGCACCUGAUGCUGGAGCCAGACAAAUGGACCACUGAAUUUGACCUGCAGCAGACGUUUGAGGUGGACUCUCUGGAGUACCUGGAGGCUCUAGAGGUGAUGACAGACAGACUGGAAACCAGGGUCAACUUCUGCAAGGCUCACCUCAUGAUGGUCACCUGCUUCGACGUCACCUGCCGACGCAGGUAG